AUGGAAGAAACCACUAGUGUUAGUUAUUGUAAUCAUAGUUAUAGUGGAUCACCAAUAACCAACAUACCUCAAGAUUACAUCUUUACUAUCAUUAUUCUUCUUCCUAUAGAUGCAAUACUUUCUCUAUCCAUGACUUGCAAGAGAUUCAAAGCUAUAACUUCAUCUGACACACUGUGGAAAUCUCUAUGCAAGAGAGACUUAGGUUCAGCAUGCGUGGAUUCAUUACUCAAGUCUUGUAACUCCAAUCACCAUGUUCGUCAAUUUUCAUGGAUGAAACUUUACAAACAAGUGUACAAGAUUGAUUCUGUUUGUUGUCAUAAAUUGUCAUACCCUCAUGGAGAUUUGGAUUUCCCUAAAGCAAGAGCUUCUCACUCUCUUAACUUUGUUUCUGAUUGUCUUGUUUUGUUUGGCGGUGGCUCUGAUGGAGGCCGACAUCUUGAUGACACGUGGGUGGCAUACAUUGGUAAUGAUUUUCAGAAAAUAUUGAAAUGGAAGACAGUUCAUUCAGGCAUUCCAAGUGGAAGAUUUGGUCAUACAUGUGUGGAAAUGGGUGAUUUCCUUGUUCUCUUUGGAGGCAUCAAUGAUCAUGGAAACCGUCAAAAUGAUACAUGGAUUGGAAAACUUACACACAGUGAAAACAAAAGCAUUACAUUUUCAUGGAAAAUGCUAGAUGUUGGGAGUGUUGCUCCACCUCCUAGGGGAGCUCAUGCUGCUUGUUGUAUUGAUGGCAAGAGAAUGGUAAUCCAUGGAGGAAUCGGACUUAACGGCCUCCGUUUAGGGGACACAUGGAUCUUAGAGUUGUCAGAUAGUCAUUGUUUUGGUACAUGGAUUGAGAUUGCAAUCCAUCCAUCGCCUCCUCCACGAUCAGGACACACGUUAACUUGCGUUGCAAGAAAUAGAACAAUACUAUUUGGUGGUAGAGGUUUAGGUUAUGAAGUGCUUCAUGAUGUUUGGUUAUUGGAUACUUGUCAAGGUUACAUGAGAUGGAUUCAAGUACUUUACGAAUUACAAAAUAUACCAGAUGGUGUUUCACUUCCUAGAGUUGGUCACACUGCUACAAUGGUUUUAGGAGGUAGAUUGUUAAUUUAUGGAGGAGAAGACUCAUCAAGACAUAGGAAAAAUGACUUUUGGAUAUUAGAUAUUAGUUCUAUUCCUUCAACCGGAGCGAGUUCAAAGAUAGUGCUGACAAGAAUGUGGAAACGCUGGAAAUCAAAUGGAUACGAACCUAAGUCUAGAUCGUUUCAUCGUGCCUGCGUAGAUCCUUCUGGUCGAUAUUUGUAUGUGUUUGGUGGAAUGGUAGAUGGUUUAGUUCAGCCUGUUGAACCUUCCGGACUUGGGUUUGAUAAGGAGCUCUUUCAUGUGGAGCUUGUGCUUCAACUCUAA